AUGUUAUUUCCUAUCGCUGUUCUUUCUCUCGGUGUUGUCUUUGCCUCUUCUGCCGCUGCUCAGCAGGUUUUUGACGUUACGGUGGGGAGUUCCAAUGGAAGUCUCAUCUACACCCCCAGCUCCCUUUCCGCUGCUGCAGGGGACCAAGUCGUUUUCCACUUCGAGCAAAAGAACCACACAGCCUCACAGUCGACUUUUGAAGAUCCCUGCCAUCUAGUUGACGGCGGAUUUGACUCCGGGUUCAUGCCCGUCCCGUCAAACCAGACAAACGAUUUCCCGACGUUUACGGUCACUGUCAAUGAUACCAAUCCUGUCUGGGUUUACUGCCGCCAAGCCGCGAACACUCCCCAGAGUCACUGCGGUAAUGGAAUGGUCUUCGCUGUGAACCCUGGACCCGAUGGUUCCUCCAACUCGUUCGCCAACUAUCUGCAGAACGCUUUGAAUCAGGGUGCUGCAUUGAAGUCAUCGGUCUCGUCCUCUGCUGCGUCUACUGUGUCUGCUGCCUGGACCACCGCCGCGUAUGGUGGCGUCACCAUCCCCGCCCAGCCGACGCCCAUCGUAGUUACGGAGACAAUCACAGUUCAGGGAUCAUCAUGGGUCUCGGUGUACCCGUCGUACAUUGGCUCCCCAGAGCCCACGCCUGUCUCCCUACAGGGCGCAGUCCACACCGUCGUUGUCGGCGGCGCCAAUGGUGAGCUCACUUACACGCCGUCGAAUAUUACGGCCCAGCCUCGAGAUACGGUCGUCUUCGAGUUCCACCAGAAAAAUCACACCGCGACUCAGUCCUCCUUCCCUGAUCCUUGCCGUAUUCUGACGAACGCUACCACUGAUCAGGUCAUCGGCUUGGACUCCGGAUUUCGACCAGUGGCUGCUAAUGCGACCGAGUUCCCCACAUGGAACUUCACCGUCAACGACACCGCUCCCACAUGGUUCUACUGCAAGCAGCACACCCCGACCGGUGCCAGCCACUGUGGUUCAGGAAUGGUUUUUGCCGUGAACGCAGUCGCGGACAGCCCGCGCAACUUCUCAGCGUUCCAGGAGCUCGCGAUGGAACUCAACGGCACCAAUGCCAACAGCAGCUCCGGUUCAGGCUCAGGGUCCGGCUCUGCCUCUGGUUCCUCAUCCAAUAGUGCUGAGGCAAGCUUCGGCGCUCAGCUCGCGUUCGCGCUCGGCUCGGUGCUCGCUGUCGCCGUUGCACUUUUGUGA